UGGCAAUGACUUGCUCUAUUCGUCGGCACUUGGUGGUCGCUGCUCAACUUUGCAUCCUUGGCUUUGCUUGCUUGUCCACAACAAAAGUUGACGAUGGCAGAUGUGGAAGAGACUCAGCCGCCCUCGCUGGACUAUGGCGAGGACGACCUUGCUGCCCUUGACAAGAAGGAGAGUACAUUCUCCCUCAGGAUGCAAACGUUGAUGGGGAAGAAGUUUGAGGAUGCCAUCAUCGCCAUUGGGGAAGUACCCACAGCCUUUGUCGACGCGCUCACCGCGAGUGACGCAGCAGACACUGCACCAGCACAGCAGGACCCAAGUCACAUCAAGAUCACCGGUCAUCCACCGCUCAGGGUAGAGCCCAUUCACUUCACAGCAACAUUUGAGAUUCGCGGCUCAGUGGCAGUGUGCAAGUGUGAGGGCAUGCUGCGAUCCGAUGAUGCUGCUAGCUUCACCCAGCUGGUGCGGUCGCAUGUGUCCGCCAAGCGCUACAUCUGCUUGGGGGAGGCGGCCCUGGCCUCUUACCAGGCCACAGAUCCGCCACAACACACGCCCAUGCUCAGGUAUCUGGCCACCAGCAGCGAAGCAUCACGUGCAGUGGCGUCGGCCCAGCGCCUCGAGCCCCCAAAUGCUCUCACGUCCAUCGCAGCAGCAAUGAUUUCCGGCUGCGAAUGGGACGGUGUUGAGGCGUAUGCGUUUGUGAGCUAUCGGGAGGGUGCCGGUGUCGCCUCGCAACUGCACGUCGAUGACGUCUCUGUCUUCCAGCCAGCCCUCUCCUCCAUCGGCACCUCGCUGACUCUGGAUGAUGAACGUGUUCGCGCCUUCUGCAAGAAGGUGAACCGACGACCCGUCGACACGCUUCUGUACACGUGAUGUGUUGUGUAUGAGUGCGUGUGUGUGCAUGUGUGUGUGAAGGUGUGAAGGUGUGUGUGUGCAGGUGCGUGUACGUGGUGGAUGAACAUUCCGCCAGCCCACGCCAAGCUCUCCUGGCUCCCCAACGUUGUGCCCGACAUCAUAAACUGUUGCUGUGG